AUGGGAGAGCCGGUCCAGUUAAAAGAUGAAGGCAACAAGUAUUUCCAGGCAGGAGAGGUGGACAAGGCCAUUGAGUGCUACACUAAAGCCUUAAAACUAUGCAAGGACAAGAAGGUGUUGGCCGUCAUCCACAGAAACAGAUCUGCCUGCUACCUGAAGAAGGAAAACUACACCAAUGCAGCGUCAGACGCAUCCAAAGCCAUUGACAUGGAUGCAGCAGAUAUUAAAGCCUUGUACCGGCGUUGCCAAGCUCUGGAGAAGCUGGGCAAACUGGACAUGGCGUUCAAGGAUGUGCAGAGAUGUGCCACCCUCGAACCAAAGAACAAGACCUUUCUGGAGACGCUUCGCAGGCUGGGGGAAGAGAUUCAGGCCAAGCUCAAAACCACAUUUUCCACAGACUCCAGAGUGCAAAACAUGUUUGACAUCCUACUUGAUGAGGAAAUGGAGAAGGAUAAGAGAGAAAAGGCUGCAAACAACCUGAUUGUCCUGGCCAGGGAGGAUGCAGGAGCCGAGAGAAUCUUCCAGAACAAUGGAGUGCCCCUGCUGCUAAAUAUGAUGGAGACAGGCAAACUGGAAAUGGUCCUUGCAGCUAUCCGUACCUUGUCAGGAAUGUGUACCGGACACAAAGCUCGGGCGAUGGCCAUCAUUCACAUGGUGGGCAUUGAUAAAAUGUGCAGCAUCAUGGCGGUUGACAAUGAAGAGAUUGCCCUGGCAGCAUGUAACCUUUUCCAGUGCAUCAAUGACUCCCUCACUGGUGGAGAUAAGAGGGUUUAUGGGAAAGAAGAGGCUUUGGUUUUGGAUGCAUCUAAAGACCUCAAGACUAUUCUGCUGUCCUUGCUGGACAUGGUUGCAGGUAAGAAGGUGUCUGGCCAUGGCAGAGACCAGGCCUUAAACCUCCUGACCAAGAAUGUGCCUCGUAAAGACAAGAAAGAACAAGACCACUCUAGGACCCUCUUCACUAUUGACCAAGGUCUGAAGAAGAUCCUUAAGGUGUGUGGACAGGUUCCUGAACUACCAGACCAGCUGCCCAUGACGGAGAACACACAGCUGAUCGCCAGCGUGUUGCUUAGCAAACUAUAUGAUGACCUCAAAUGCGACCCAGAGAGAGACAACUUCAGGGACAUUUGUGAUGAAUACAUCAAAUCCAAGUUUGACCCCAAGGACAUGGACAGGAACAUCCACGCCAUCAACACCAUUUCGGGGCUGCUGCAGGGUCCCUUUGACGUCGGUAAUGCUCUGGCCGGGCAUCAGGGCGUCAUGGAAAUGAUGGUGGCACUAUGCGGCUCCGAACGCGAAGUGGAUCAGAUGGUUGCUGUGGAGGCGCUGAUCCACGCCUCCACAAAGAUGAGCCGUGCCUCCUUCAUCAUCACCAAUGGCGUGUCGCUGCUCAAGGAUAUCUACAAGAAAACUAAGAAUGAGAAGAUUAAGAUCCGUGCGCUGGUGGGUCUCUGUAAACUGGGCUCUGCCGGUGGUGAUGAUUACAGCAUGCGGCAGUUUGCAGAGGGCUCCACAGAGAAGCUGGCCAAGCAGUGCAGGAAGUGGCUCUGCAACCCCCAGAUUGAUACUAGAACAAGAAAAUGGGCUAUUGAGGGUCUGGCUUAUCUGACAAAUGAUGCUGAUGUGAAGGAUGACUUUGUUGAAGAUGAACCUGCCAUGAAAGCCAUGUUUGAACUGGCCAAAUCAAAGGAUAAGACCAUUCUGUAUGCAGUGGCCUGCACCCUGGUCAACUGUACCAACAGCUACGAGAAAAAGGAAAUAAUCCCCGAGUUGGUCCAACUGGCCAAGUUCUCCAAGCAACAUGUUCCUGAGCAACACCCCAAGGACAAGAAGGACUUUAUUGACAAGCGAGUGAAAAGGCUGCUGAAAGCUGGAGUCAUAUCAGCUCUUGCUGUCAUGGUGAAAGGAGACAACUCUAUCUUGACGGACCAGACCAAAGAGAUGUUGGCGAGGGUGUUCUUGGCAUUGUCAGAAGAUGCCAAAGACCGCGGGACAAUAAUAGCACAGGGUGGGGGAAAGGCUCUUAUACCACUGGCUCUGGAAGGGACAAACCCUGGAAAAGUGAAGGCCAGCCACGCCCUCGCCAAGAUUGCCUCGAUUUCAAAUCCAGAAAUUGCCUUCCCCGGAGAGAGGGUGUACGAGGUGGUGAGACCCCUAGUCAGCCUGUUAAAUUCCGAGAGAGACGGGAUGCAGAACUACGAGGCUCUGAAAGCGCUCACCAACUUCGCUGGUUACAGCGAUAAGCUGAGAGUCAAGAUAGUUAAAGAGCAGGCUCUGCCGGACAUCGAGAACUACAUGUUUGAAGACCAUGACCAGAUCAGACAGGCUGCCACUGAGUGCAUGUGCAACCUUGUGACGUGUAAAGAGAUCCAAGACCGAUAUCUGGAGGAUGGCAAUGAUAAGUUGAAACUGUUGGUGCUACUGUGUGGUGAGGAUGAUGACGAUCUUCAGGUGGCUGCGGCUGGAGCUUUGGCAAUGCUAACUGCUGCCCAGAAGAAGCUGUGCACGAAGAUGACGGAGGUGACCACCCAGUGGCUUGAGAUCCUGCAGAGGCUGUGCCUACAUGACAACCCCAGAAUCCAGCACCGUGGUCUGGUGAUCAUUCACAACAUGCUCAACUCAGACAACAAUGAGCUGGCCAAGAAGCUCAUCGAGUGUGAGAUGCUGGAGAUCCUCACAGUGAUAGGCAAGGCAGAGGACAAUCCCAAGAGGCAACAGGUCAUCGAUGUGGCUCGCACAUGCCUGAUUAAGGCCAUGGAUCUUGGUCUCAUCAAGCCCUUCACCAGCCUCUCCUCGUAGGGUGACAAUAAGCCUCUUCAAACAUCCACAAAGGACUUUUUUCUUUCUUUCUGUCCUCAUCUCUGCUCAAUAGAGACUUUUACAUUUUUUUAAAGCUUAACAAAUAUCAAGGCAAAGUUGGCAAUAAAACUAUAUAAAAAGAAACAAGACUAGGUCAAAACCUAGUGUAGGGCUGGACCGUGAAGAGCAAUGUUCCAAACCGUGGCCAGUGUGGUACAGGGAUAGUCAGUGGUACUGUCUAUAAUGAUUGAUGAUUUCCUGGAUAUUAAA